GUGAAGAAAGUGAGCGACCAGCUGAGGAGCGGAGAGACGUGGGGAGACUCUUGAGGAUUUUCGGCACUUCACAUGCACACGAGAGCUGACCACGCUGGCUGAAGGUCCACUUAGUGCGGACGACAAUGUUUUUUAGACCCCGUAGACGAGGUUUUGAGUGAUGUAGGUCGCGUUUUGUACAGCGUGCUCUCCUUCAGGAAGACUCCUCACUCGGCUCAGCUCAGCUCAGCUCCGCGCAGUUAGUGUCAGUGUAUGUGUUCAGCAUGUGUCUACAGAGCCCGUCGUGCCCCAAGCUGACGGAUGGCUAACGGGGAGGGCAGCAGCUCGGACAUGGCAGCAGCAGCCCUGCAGCAGUGCCAGCUUCUCCAGAACAUCAUCGACAUCUCCAUCUGCAGCCUGAAGGGACUCCGCACCAAGUGCACCGCAUCGUGUCACCUCACCCAGCAGGAGAUCCAGACACUGGAGGUGAAGCUGUUGAAGUACAUCACUAAGCAGCUGCAGUGUAAGCAGAGAGUUCCAGUUUGUGAACGCUCACUGGCCCUCGACUCGUACCCACACCUCGUAGACUGGCUCCACACCAUCAACCUCAGGCCUGAGCUCAUACAGGCAGUACCAGUGAAGCUGUCUCUAGAGGGGAUGCUGCAGAUGUCAGGUGCUCAGGUGCAGGAGACCAUGAGGAAACUGGGCUCCAGUACUGAAGAGUGUUCCCGCAUCACUGCUGCCCUCUCCUGCCUAAAGAGUGCCACUGACUCAAGUCAGUCCCACUCCUCCUGCGCUGCUGCAGGAACAGGGCGGGAGCUGAAAGAUGAUGGAAUUCCCUGGAUAGUAGAGCCUCCUCUUACCUCCUCAGGCUCCUGCGCUCCUCGCUCUGUCUCUGUGUCCACCGUGCCCUCCCUGGAUUAUCCCAACCUGUACUUCUGUGACGGACUCGCUGACCCAUUUCACCCCUCACCUCAGAUGGAUCGGCGGACUUUGGGCCUGGCGUCGACUCCUCCUUUGACCCCACCUACCAACAGGAUCGCUCUGUUGAAGCCCCCACGCACCCCUCCGCCCCCAUCUAACAGACUGCGGCAGCUCUUGCCCACACUCGCCCUGCCCCGUAGCAAGAGCCACACCCAACUGGCAAACCGAGUGGAUGAGCUUGCGCCCAGCAAGAAUGGGAAGAAGAAGCCACAUCUAAAUGUGCAGGUGAACGGUGGAGGGAAUGGCUAUGAAGACAUGCCAUCCCACUCAACGCAGCUCUCUGCCUGGUCUCCACACACUCUACCCAACACACCCAUCUUGCUGGAGAGCAACACACUGAGAACACUCCCAAAAAAUUCUCCACAGACUAUACGGAGGGAUUUUGGCCUUACUUUCUCACACAGAUUUUCCACCAAGUCAUGGCUCUCUCAGACUUGUGAGGUGUGUAAGAAGAACUUGAUGUUCGGCGUGAAGUGUAAACACUGCAAGUUAAAGUGCCACAACAGGUGUACCAAAGAGGCACCUCACUGCAAGCUACCCUUUCCAGUUACACCAAUCAGAAGAACGGAGUCAGUUCCAUCAGACAUCAAUAACAGGGUAGACCAAAAGCAGCUGUCUUCAAAAUCUGAAACAUUACCAAAUCCAAUAAACAAAAAGGACCAGCCUCCAUCUGUGAGUCAGCUGGACUCCAGCAGUAACCCCUCUUCUACCACCUCCUCCACGCCUUCUUCACCUGCUUUCAGCCAGAGUAACCCACCCAGUGCUACUCCACCCCCAAACCCCUCACCCAAAUGGCCUCGGGACAGCCGCUUUAACUUUCCAGCUGCCUGCUACUUUCAACUCAGACAACAGUUUAUCUUCCCUGAUGUGUCACAUCCUGAUGGCAGUCAGGACAGAGGUGAGACAGAGCAAGUAGCAAGUGAGCUGACACUGCAGUCUGUGAAACAGGAAGAAGCUGUGAAUGAGGAUGUGAAUGAUGAUGAUCAAGAGGAGCAUGAGAGGCAAGAAGAUGCUGCUUAUGAUGAUGAAGGUGAAGGUGAAGACGAUGAUCUAGAUGACCUGCCCAACUCCAGGAGUCCUUGGAAAGGACCCAUCUCCCGCAAGCAUAGCCAGACCAGUGUGUACCUGCAGGAGUGGGAUGUGCCUUUCUGGCAGCUGGAGCUGGGUGAGCUGAUUGGAAAAGGUCGCUGGGGGAAGGUACAUCGGGGCCGCUGGCAUGGUGAGGUGGCCGUGCGUGUGCUGGAAAUAGACGGAAAUAAUCAAGAUCACCUAAAACUCUUCAAGAAGGAAGUAAUGAACUACAGACAGACUCGGCAUGAGAAUGUGGUGCUGUUUAUGGGAGCCUGCAUGAACCCACCCCAGCUGGCUAUCAUUACGAGUUUCUGCAAGGGCCGGACGCUGUACUCUGUUGUGAGAGAUUCUAAAACCUCACUUGACAUCAAUAAAACGAGGCAAAUCGCUCAGGAAAUUGUAAAGGGAAUGGGGUAUCUCCACGCAAAGGAAAUUGUGCACAAAGACCUGAAAUCCAAGAAUGUGUUUUAUGAUGCGAACAAAGUGGUAAUCACAGAUUUUGGCCUAUUUGGCAUGUCUGGAGUGGUGCAAGAGGAUCGGCGAGAAAAUGAGCUGAAGCUACCACGUGGCUGGAUCUAUUACCUGGCUCCUGAGAUUGUGCAGAGGAUGUGUCCUGGCAACGAUGAGGAUCGGCUUCCUUUCUCCAAAGCUGCUGACGUUUAUGCCUUUGGCACUAUCUGGUACGAGCUGCAGGCACGGGACUGGCCCCUUACUAACCAGCCAGCUGAGGCUGCUAUCUGGCAGCUAGGAAGUGGAGAAGGCAUCAAACGGCAGCUGUCCCAGAUCAGUGUAGGAAAGGAAGUCACAGAGAUCUUGUCAGCGUGCUGGUCCUUUGAGCUGGAGGAAAGGCCUACGUUCUCUCAGCUCGCUGACCACCUGGAGAAGCUUCCCAAGCUCAACCGCAGACUGUCCCAUCCUGGACAUUUCUGGAAGUCUGCGGACUCGUGGCGUCAUCACUGUCUGAGGGAGGACUGUAGCCAAGGCCUGCGCUCUCGCUGCCCCUACGUUUACAAAUACGACAGUUAGACAGGUGUGCACAGCUACAGCACACUGAAGCAUGGCUGGUCCAUGAAAAGAACUGAUGGAUCUUGUGUUUGCACAGGGUGUUUGUAUUUUAGAGAUCAAGUGUUUUGCUUUAUGGACUGUUUUCUUUUGUGAAAGCUGUUGGUUCUGAGUUUGUGUCUUGUGUAACAGUCUUUACUUUGCACUGCUGCCUUAGAGGAGUAGUACAACCAAAUAUGCUAAUGUAGCUAACAGUGAAUUAAAGGCAUUAGCAUGAUGUCAUUUGCACAGUUCUAAUUAGUGGCUUUUCACCUUUUUUCACUGUGAGGAUUUCUGACUGGACUAUUCCUUUAACCUAAAGAUCCAGCAUUGUGCCAUCUGAUUACCUCUUAAUUAUUUUAAAUUAACAUGUUAGUUAAAAAGUUUCUCAAAGCUUAUCAUGUUGUUAAUAAUAAUAAGAAGAAUAAUAUAAUAAUAAUAAUA